GGUCACGUGAUCCGCCUGCAGCGCUACGGAGGAGACCUCCUCUUCCUGGCCGGUGCUCGUGCUUCUCUCCUGCCCAGGGCAGUCAUGUUCGUUCCCUGCGGGGAUUCGGUCCCCGACCUAACGAACUUCACACUCCUGAUGCCCGCAGUAUCUGUUGGAAAUGUUGGCCAGCUUGCAAUCGAUCUGAUUAUUUCUACACUGAACAUGUGUAAGAUUGGUUAUUUCUAUACCGAUUGUCUGGUGCCAAUGGUUGGAAACAAUCCUUAUGCAACUGAAGAAGAAAAUUCAGACGAACUCAGUAUAAAUACUGAAGUGUAUUCAUUACCUUCAAGGAAGCUAGUGGUGCUUCAGUUAAGAUCCAUCUUCAUUAAGUAUAAAUCCAAGUCGUUCUGUGAGAAAUUGCUGGCCUGGGUGAAAAGUAGCAGCUGUGCUAGGAUCAUCGUCCUUUCAAGCAGCCAUUCCUAUCACCGCAAUGACCUGCAGCUUCGAAGUACUCCUUUCCGGUACCUGCUUACACCUUCUAUGCAAAAGAGUGUUCAAAAUAAAAUAAAGAGCCUUAACUGGCUAGAAAUGGAAAAAAGUCCAUGCAUUCCUGAAAUGAAUGAUUCUGAAUUUUGUAUCCGCAUUCCUGGAGGUGGAAUCACAAAGACACUGUAUGAUGAAACCUGUUCUAAAGAAAUCCAAAUGGCAGUUCUGUUGAAAUUUGUUUCAGAAGGGGACAAUAUCCCAGAUGCAGUCAGUCUUGUGGAGUAUCUUAAUGAAUGGCUUCAAAUAGUCAAACCGUCUAGUAACAACUCCAGAGCAUCUGCCUUGCCGUGGAAGGUCCCCAGCUCUUGGCGGCUCCUCUUUGGCAGUGGACUUCCUCCUGCACUGUUUUGAUCUAUUCAGUCUUCUCAUCCCUAAGAGAUCACAAAACGAGCUAUUGAGUAUAUGCUGUACAGAAAUUUGUGCUGCCUGAGGGUAUGCUAGAAAUGCUUUAUACAGAAAAACCUCAAAGAAAAGAGGUUUUAGAAGUGACUGUGUUUGUUAUAUGGCGUAAUUGUAAAUUUUGUACAAUAAAAUUUUAUUUCCUAAGCAGUUUA